GGUAUUUAAGUAGGAUGUUGGUGGCGACUUACUGUACCCUCAGCCAAUGAGCAGGUAUGAGAGUGAUCCACUCCACCUGAUUAAGGGUGUCUGGAGGAUAACAGGCUGGCCUUGAAACAUACUUCUUACUGUCAGAAGAGUCUGAGCUGCACACACACACUUUCUUGUUUGAGGAACAUCUGAACCACUGCAAACAACCUCUCAACAGGAUAAGGAAUGAUGUUGGGCCUAAAGAAACUCCCACUCACAGUGACCCUCUGUCUGCUGCUGCUCGCCACACUGUUACCCAGCUCUGAGGCACGGCGUGGAGGUGGUGGCUUUGGCAGAGGUGGAGGAGGCUUCGGCCGGGGCGGAGGCCGAGGCUGGGGCGGCGGUGGAGGCCAGGUCUACAGACCCGUCCAAAGCAGUGGCCCCAGUGCAGGGAAGGUAGCUGGUGCUGCUGCAGCAGGCGCCAUAGGAGGAUCACUGAUCGGUUCUGCCCUGAGCCGCCCUGGGUAUGGUGGGGGAUAUGGAGGAUACGGAGGAUAUGGAGGAUUCGGAGGAGGAUAUGGAGGAUACGGAGGGGGAUAUGGUGGAUAUGGAGGAGGGUAUGGUUACCCACGUGGUGGCUACGGCCCCCGGCCAGGCUAUGAGCCAGAGGGCUCUGGAGACAUGGAGUACUACACUGGAGCAUCAAGUGGCCCCAUCUACAGCAGCAUCAUAGUUGUCAUCGGCUCCCUGAUGUCCCUGCUGAUGGGCCACUGGGUGGCACUCAUGUAGAGCUGGAGACAGGCGCAAGCUGGGACUGAAAAGAACCCACAACCUGUUAGAAAACAGAACCACUUUUGAUUUGAAGUCAAAAGUAACCUAAGAAAAAAUGAUCCUCGAAUAAUGUAAAGCUGUUGCCAAUUCAUUUCCCCAACACUUCAGUGACCCUCCAUGAGAGCAGGAAAAGGAAUUUGACUAGUUUAACCUCCACAACUUUGUCAGUGUGACACCUUGCUUCAGAGUUGUGAGAUAACUCCAGUCUAUGAUCAACUUAAACUGCACAGUUUUCCACACUCCCAUAUCUCCCUUCAGUUUAUUUUUAUACUUCGACUGUUGUGAUGAUUUAAUGUUUUGGGGUUUUUUUGUUUUGUUUUGUUUUGUUUUGUUUUUUGCCAGGCAAUCUGUGAAGAUUAAGGAAUAAAAUAGAUGUGUAGUCAGGUUAACUCUACCUCAAGAGGUCAAGUCAGCGCCAGAGUUUAAGAGCAGCUAAGGACUCCAUACAAUAAUGCCAUGUCUCAGUAUAUCUCAAUAUAAGUAGAGAGCUUUUUAAUCCUGUUUCACAUUCUGUCCGUGUUUCAAAUGGUUAAUUGUCAUAACACUGCUUGUAUAUUUUGACCAGAAAGUACAUUGU